CAAAAUGCAAACGAAAGUAUACGUUAUCGAGAAUCUCCAUUUUGUUUUGAUUUUUACAUAGUAUGUUUAUUCAUUGAUUGUGGUAUAAAUAGAUGAAAACUUAAAAUGCCGGCAAUCAAGUUGAAGAAAGCUGCCGCAGAGCAUCAGGCGGAGAAAGAAGAACGAGAGAAGGAAGAGAAAUCCAAGAGUGUCUCGAAGUCACUGAUGUCUGGUCUCAAUCCUAAUAUUCUGUUUGAGAAACGAAAGCGCACUGUCCCACCAUCUGAAAAAAAGCUUAGUGAAUGGAUGAAUGAAAACCUGCAGACUAAAGAAGGAGUGAAGAUCUCGUUGCCGAAUCUCUUUGACUACUACACGGAGGCCUGCCAUCUUGAUGGAUGCAAUGUUGUGGAGCCGUCCGUUUUCAGGGCUAGAAUCCUUGAAAAAUUUGGCAAGGAGUUUGGUUUUCAAGAGACCUCUGCCUACAAGGGUUUGAUAAAGGAGCUGAAGGCUGUGAAGAAACAGAGCGUUAAGGCCGAUUCUCUUCGUCUCAAGAUGAAGGAUAUUAUCGAGGAGGCCAUCAACAAAAAUGGAAAUCCUAAGAAAGGUCUUUGGUUUAACUCGAUUAAACACUACAUAGCUAUCCACUACCCAGCUCUGAGAGUUGACCUGCGACCUGGCAUGCUGAAGGCUGCACUGCAGAGAGGAAUUCGAUAUGGACAUAUUCUUCAGGUAAAGGGUAUUGGCAAGUGUGGUUAUUAUCGACUCCCAACUGACGAAGAACCUGACGAAGACGUAGAAAUGAAGUCUGAAGAAGAAGGAGAAGACAAAAAGGUGAAUGGUGAUACAGCAGAAGGUGAAACAAAGUCUGAUAAAAAGGCUGCAUCCGAUAAAAAGGCUGCAUCCGAUAAAAAGGCGGCUGCAUCCGAUAAAAAGGCUGCAUCCAAACGAAAGAAGGUUGACACAGAGGCUGAUGAAGAGAAUAAGGAGGAAGCUGAAGCUACAGAGACAACAGAGGAAAAACCUAAGAAGAAGAAGAAAAAGCAUAAACACAAGCCAAAAGAUUUGAGGACUAUUUCACACAGUGAUCCGAGAUGCGUUGAAGACAUAUUUCCACUGGCUAUGACAUACAUGAACGAACCGAAGGAGGCGUCUGUGAUCAAGAUAAAGAAGUACAUAGACCGGCAUUAUGGAGAUGUCAGUUCAGACAAGCUACGGAAUGCGCUGGAGAACUGUGCGGAGAAGGGGAUGUUGGAAAAGGUUUCUGGAAAGACAGGUGCACUAGGCACAUACAGACUGAUUGCCGAUGAGUUCAAUCCUAAAGAAAGGAAGAACAUGGAUGACCUGAUCUGCUGUGCAAUCAUCGCCAGCGCCGAGCCCAAGCUGUCUUCCGCAUUCCUGCUGAAGAAAUAUGUCACCGAGUACCACGACAAUUUCAACAUUGAGAACAAGCCAAACAUCUUUAAACACGCUCUGGAACGAGCGUGUCGCAACGGGCUCAUUACCCAACUCAGUGGUAUUGGAGCCAGCGGUAGCUUUAAACUGAACUACGUUUUCACGCCGUCACCAAUCGUGCUGGCGGGUGAUCACGAUGAGGAGGAAGAGGAGGUUGCUACCUAUGAUGACGAGAAGGAGGAAAAGUACAUCCCUCGCGGCACCAAGUCGAGGGGCUCGCCAAAAACCAAGGAGGCGCACCAGUUUGCCGAUUUCACCGUCUUUGAACCACCGAAGAUCAAGAGAAAACCACCGAAAGACCGGAGUUACCAGUUGACAAAGAGACAGGUGGAAAAGAAGAAAACAGACAGAAGAAAGCGACAUUAAGAUUCAUCCUCUGCCUUUUAUUACCUUCUCAUUGCAUACAUGGUGUUUGUAAAGUCUUGUGAAAACAGUUAUAAUACGUAGUAACUUUUUUUUGUAUGUACGUUAAUACUUAGUAACUUAGUAUGUACGUAUGAUAGAAUAAGUCCCUAGAAAUGAAAUAAAAGGCAGGAUGUAGCGUGACUGAGAUGCAGUAGGUUGCAGUAUCUGUUGGCCUUGAUGGUAUCAGUUUUUUCCAGUCUCAACUAGUGCAUCAUAUCUCAGGGCUAGCUCUGGCAUUCGCCAAUUGCAAAUUUUAAAAACAAUUGACGAAUUUUAUUUUAAAUUGGCGAAAUAAUUUUACUACAUUUUAUUAGAAAAUAACUGGUUUUCUGCCAUUUUUUGAAGUUUAAUAGAUAAUUUGGCGAAACUUUGUGUUAACUCAGAGCCAGCCCUGAUAUCUGGUACAUCAGUGUCUAUGGGAAAAGCGGAUAUGAAGAGUUCAUUCCCAAAAUGCAAUAUAUGCCAAUUUCCAAGGUAUACUGAUAAAAGUACUCAACAAUAUGACAAUAAAGUUUACGUCAAUACGUGACCUAUGCUCACUGAACAGGAUGUUAAAAACUGGGCUUCAUGUUAUAAAUUCUAUGUCAUGUUGCAGCAAAAUGACAGAUGGUAUCAGGUUUUGAAAAUGAACUCUUCUUAGGAAACAGCCCCAAGACUUUAUUAACACUCUGUACAUACAUACCUUGUCAAAAAUUGUGUGAAAAAUAGGUAAUUCAAAACUCAUUUUACAGUUAGUUUCUUCAGACAUUAUAUCUUCCGAAAUGGGGAAAAGAUAGAAGCAUCAUUUUUAUCAACAACUUAUAGUUUCAUAUGUUCAUUUUUUUUGGUGGAAAUUGUCAUGUAAAUGUGAAGAAAAAGACCCCCAUGUUAUAAGAUAAAAGUUCUUUUUUAUUUGCACUAUAUGAUAAAUGUUUGUAAACUGGUUUUAAUUUCUGCCAUGUCAAACCAUUCUGCCUGUCAUCAGUUAUUUUCAUCAUAAAAUGUUCCGACAUCAUUUUUAUGGAUUACAAAUCCUAGUCUUUUGCUGUGAAAUUGAAUGACCCAUAAUUUAGCAUAUAUAUUGCUUGUAAUAUACACAUGUUGAGCUUUAAAAGCUACACUUAUAAUUAUAUGACUGACAAAGUAAUGUAAACUUGAGUUCAAGUCAAUCUUAAAAACUAUCCUUGCUUCGAUCUUGUUUGGGAAUUUUUAUUUUCGGAUCAGAGAAUGUCUAAGAAAUUGGCAAGCUUAUGUGGCAAUAUGGGUGGCAGUUGGAAGUCGGUAGUUAAUAAUAAUGCAAUGUAUAUCGUGCAUAUAUGUACACAAGACAGUGUACUAAAACAUUAGUUAAUAUAAUUAUCAAUAUACUGUUGUAUCUGUAUACACAUACAGUAUACAUACUAAAACAGUAAUGUAAUCUACUUAUUAUGAGUUGUUGUCAUACGUGUCAAUACAUGUACACCUAACAGGUGCUAAAGCAUUAAUUAAUAAAAUUACCUUUGAUUUUCUGUUAUCGUGUACAUGUAUACCUAACAGUAUAUUAAAACAUUAAUAUAAAAAAACUUUUCAUGUACUCAUUUCAUACAUGUAUAAUCCUUGUACAUCUAACAAUGUACUAAAACAUUAAUACAAAGGCGGAUCUGGGAUUUUCAAUGGGGGGAGCGGGGAGAAACAAGAAUUCUGAGAAGGGACCUUUUGAUCCACUACGAUCUAGGAGCCAUUUGUAUAACUAUCUAAAGCAUCCCAAUAUUUUUGUCAGAUAUGAAAACUUCAUGUUUAAAUGUAGUCAAAAAUUGGUUGAACUAUCCAGGUAAUUUCAGAAAGUUUGGUUGGUAAAAGGAGACCUGUCAUAGUUGGGGGGGUGGGGAUGGGGUGGGGGGGUGUAACGAGACUCAUGUCCCCGACUUGGAUCCACCUCUGUUAUUAUAUCAACCUUUGAUGUACUACUGUUGUAUGUUCAUGUUUGUUGCUCGCUGUUUUCAAUGUUUGUUGUUUUCAAUGUUUGUUGUUCAGUUUACAUUUUAUCAUUUUUAACUGCUGUUAAUGUAGCUAUGUAUAGCAUUUUUUGUAAAUCAUAUUUUAUAAUCUUUUUCUUGUUAUCUUAAUAACAUAUAUAUUUGUUAAUUUUAGCACCUUAAUUUUUUUUAAACACUUUUUAAACGAUCAUUGAUCAUUGAUCGUAUUUUUCUUAAUGGUUUAAAAAUACUGCUAUUGUUACGGCAGUUUUCAUUAAACAGGUGUUAAACUUGAAUAAAAGAAUCCAUGGAGAUCAAUAACACAUUGUUCCUAGUAUAACAUCCACAUAACCGACCACACCCCAUACCCAAUUGUGAAGAAUAUUUCUCUUCUGUUAGUUUUAAUUUGUCCUGGUUUUGACAAAGGACUGAAUAAAAAUACAUAAAGUAUUUUCCUUACAGAGUUGUAAAUGAAAUCCUUUGGGAAGAGCCUGGACGAAAUUGGAAAGAAAGAUAAUAGAUAACUUGUCUCAAAUUUGUACAUAUGUUCUUUUGUGAGUUGUACAUGUACACUCAGCAUAUAGUUUCAAUAGUCUUCAUGAUAUUUAGAAUUAUUUUUCUGUGCUUUUUCCAGUUUUUGCUGGUAGUGUCUCAAAUGGGUUCUGUGAAUUCAGUAUGUUAAGACAAAUGUUUGAUUCACUUGUAUCAGACAUUAAUAAGAAUUGCAGAUUUUGACGUUAAAGGGCCUAUCUUGAGUUUUAAAAGGUUUUUGGCAAACAAAAUAUUUUUACAUUAUUAAAAUUACAAUUUACUGACAUUUUCUUGCUUAGAAUAUGAAUAUCGCUAUAACCAAUGCAUUUCCGAACAUCAUAAUGUUUUGUAGUAUCUCGCUGUUGAUUUUUGUCUAAAAUAAUGUGGUACUCCUUCCAAUGGCCAAACAAAAUUUGAACUAAUUCGGCCAAAGGUCAUUCCAAAUGUUUUUACCUCUAUAGUGCUAUUUAUAACAGGUUACAAUAUAAUAGUGUUUAAAAAAAGCCCCAGAAAUUGAAGGAUGUUUGAGGGGUUGGGGUGAGGGAACAAAUGGAAGUCUUCCUAGGGUGGAAACUCAGGAUAGUCCCUUUAAAUAAACAAUAACUAGUUAAUGACGUAAGAUAUCCGCUUUAUUCUGUGAUCGUAAGACAGAGAAAUUCUGCGAGGCUUGCUGAGUGUAAUUUCUCAUUCAGCUUGAACAAGAUAAAGCUGAUAUCCUACAUCGUUAACUAAUUUAUUAUCUUUAUCCUGCAGUCCAUAAAAAGUACGGGAAAAGUUAUUAUUUCUGUUAUUUUAGCUAUAUUGUAUGAUGACAGAGUUGAAGUGAGCGAUUUUGUAAUGUAACGAGUGACGUUAAAAUUCAUAAUCUGCUAAUAUACGUUUAUGACUUUGCUUUAAUCCUUCAUCAUAAUCGGCAAAUAGAAACAGCUGUUUCAGGAUAAAGUAUCAUUAAUUACCGUAGCACUGGUUGUAAUGUUUUGUUUGUAUUACCAAAGUGACUGUUAAUAACAUUUGUCUCCUCCUGUUUAAACAUUUACGAGUUGUGGAAAUUAAUUACUUACUACACUAACAAGUGGUGGUUGGUUGCAUGAUUAGCAGCACCAGUGCUGGUCGAAAUUUUAACAUGCUGAAAUGGCCCAACCAAUACCAACCACGAUGGACAGAAAUCUGAUAUUGUUUUCAUUAUGUAUGAUUCAUAAUAUACACGACUAACCAGUGUAUAGUUUUAUACUGUGGUAAUGUCAAUGUGUCAGUCAUUCUUCCCUGUAUGUAAAACGUUUUGUACAUGGUUUCAUUGAUGUUUUUUACGUGUUUAUAUUAACAUUUGCUUUUAGUUGGUCAUUCAAUAUUUACUUCAAUGUCUUGCCAUCACUACCAUUUUCAGACUAAAGAUGCCAUUUUAAAAUUUCUCAACUUCUGUUUUUUUAAGGAACAUUUUUUUUUUCUCCCAUCAAAUUAAUGUCAAAACUAUUUCACCCAUAUUGCAGUGUAAUUCACCUUGUAUACUUUAAUGCAGAUACUAUUUCAAAAAGUGCCUUUAGGAAAAUAGUAUUCCUAUAAAGGAGUCAGUUUGGGGUACUUUAAAAAUCGGUUUUAAUCGUGUUUCUUUUUUCUUUCUGUUUUGUCUCGUCUCUACGAAUUAAAAAGGUGCAAUAUAGAUAUUGCUUUUCUGAUGGCGGUUGAGAUGACAUUAAGUUUUGUUUUAAAGUUUCAUCUUUAGAUCAGUAUGUCACAAAGUUGUAUGUCAGUAAAACUUGGUUUGUAGUUGCACCUAAGGAUGUUUAUCAUGGUGCACCGAAAAGGUUUAUGGUAGGCAAGAUAUUUAAUUAGCUGAAUUGUUCUUUGUUUUAAAUUUCACAAAUCAAAUCCACAGGUGUGGAACAAUUUUGCCCUGGGUCAGUCGUGUGGUAAAAACUUUCUGUUAACAUUUAAUGGAGGUCGAUGUUGAAAAAGUGUCUUCCAUUUGUUUGGAACAUUUAUUUACAUAACUAAGCCAGUUGAUAUUAAAAAUGUAAUGGUACGAGAGCAUAUAGGGCAUGUUUUAAUUUUCUAUUAUUUUAUUUUAAUUGUUUUUAGUUACAGAAUGUAUUGUGCAUUCCACCAAGAUGGUAUGUUUAUAUUUUACUAAUCAUUUUAUAAUUUUUGACGUUGGUUAUUAUAUAUGUUUGCAGUAUUAAAGCCAGAAUCCUAGUCCACGGAUGGUACUUAGUUUCAAAGCAUUUCGUAUGUUUUACACAUUGUGUUCAAGAAUGGCAGCUGCGGUGAAAAAAAAAGUGUUUUAUUGAUACCAAGUAUCAAACUUCUUCUUUUUUUAAAUCAUUGAAUAAGAUAAAUGUUUUUUCAUUCACUGCACAUUGUCAGACUCACCGAGUUUCCUUUGAUUUGGACAAGUCAAAUAGAUUAAUGGGCGAGGAACAAGUCUUCAAGGUUAGCGUUAUAAUAAUGUAAAUAUAAAACCAAACAAAAGUUUUUUGGGUUUUUUUUUACCAGGUUGUAGUCCGAUACCAGAAUAUGACAUAAAUUAUGUUUUCAUUUUCAAUAAAGGCUAUUUCAGUUUUACCCAAAAGUUUUGAAAAUCUCGAAUUAAAAUUCCUUUUUUGGCUAAAAGGACCAAUAGUCCACUCUCAUGAAUAGUGACGUAAUUCAUAUGAUGUGGUGACAUAAUUUAUACAAUUUGCUAUAGAGUACCGGUACAUACUGAAAACAUUGAAAUGACACCACAUGACAUCUUUGUCCUUGUUUUCAGAUAUUUUGUAGGUAUUUUGUAAGACGCUUUGCAGGGCUUAUGUGAAAGAAAGAAAUAAAAAGUUGGAAUAAUAGUUUUUACUGGUUAUUGAGCAUACAAAAUAUACAAUAAAAUAGAUGAAACCAUCUGUUUUACUGUAUUCCCAGUAAAAAGUGUUAUUCCUUUUCACAUAAGCGCUGCAAAGUGUCUUAUAAAUGAUGUGUACACGAAGAGAUUUUUCAUGGGUUGAAGUUAUUAGCUACAUGUAUUAAACUUGGUGUUUACUGUUUGGUUUUAAAAACAUUAAUAUGCAUAAUAUAUCCAAAAUGGUACAAUAAAUAUGUACUAAUUAUUUCUUUUAAAUUUAUUAUUUGGUACCAUUAUUAAUGAUCAUACAAAUAUUUUGCUAUUUUAAAAGUAUUUGGCUAAUCCCGAAAUUAAUACUUGAAGUAGGUAGGAAGCAAUGUUUUUUAUACCCCCAUCUUCAGUCAGACCUUUUUACAGCCACCACAUUCGGCCCUGAGUUACUUUGUAGUUGUAUAGAAUUUUUAGUUUAACACAUUUUUAAUUAGUUAUCCCCUUGCUGUAAUAAAAUAUCUGCUUAAUAAAAUGUCUUGAAAAAAAAAAAAAAAAAAAGUUAAUAAAUCUAUCAAGGUAAUCAAUAGACCAACAUCAACAUGUAUUUACUGGCUGUAACAUUUAUAAAUUGCCAUAGCAAUAGACUGGAUUGUUCUACGUUAAUCAUAUAUUGAAUGACUAAAUCAUACAUGUAUUUUCAAAGUCUGUUAAAUCUGUAGAUUUAACAGACUUUGGUAAAUUGACAUCAAGUGACAUUGUUGAUUGCACCAAGAUCAAUGGUGACAUAUGGCUGCAUAUGAACUGAAUGAAUGAAUGUUUAACGAUUCCCCAGGAUGAAAAUGCACAUCGGUUAAUUGGUGUCAAACAAAGAUAAAUAUAUGAAUAUGAUUAAGUAUGUAUAUUGCCAACUUUCGUUGUCGACUGUUCAUGGAUGGUGCCCCAUUUAACCGGUUACUGCAGCUUUGAUUAUGUAAUGUCAUCCGUUGACAUCGUAAAGAAGUAUUUUCAGAAGUAUUUUUAUUCCUAAUUUGCUCGGUUGGUGUCAAAAUGUGAAUUUGGGUGUAAUGAACAGAAGACGGCUUUUUUUUUCUGUUUUGAAUGGUGUAAAUGUCGUAGUAACAACAGUUGUUGUAAAGAUGAUUGACUGUACGCAAUUAUUUAAUUUGAACCCACCAGGGAUAUAAAAUAUUUGCUUUUAAAUUCUAUUGAAACGAAUUACGCAUUCAAAUUUUAGUGGAUCAGCCAGAGAUAAAAAUCAAAAAGUUGUGCUUCCAAAACCCCUUUAACUAUUAAUUUCUGGAUAACCCCUUAUAUUUUUGUGUCUUAUUUUAACUUGUUUUUGGGAUACAUUGUUAUUUGUCUUGUCCUUAAGUCAUUGUGUCGUCAUCUUUCAGCAUUUACAUUAUUAUUGGAAUGUCUUCUUUUUUAUUUGCCAAAAACGUAAUGAUGUGGUAUAGAAAAUAAAUGUACAUUGAAAGUGUUUUAAAUAUCAUUUUUAAUGUUGUGAAUAUUGUUCUUCAUAUAAAUAUAGCCUUUUUGAUUAGUGAAUAGAACCAAUAGCCUGUGGCAAUAUAGACAUUCUCUAAAAAGAAGAGUAUGUUUAGUCAGUAUUUAUAGAGCCAAAAUUAUGUUAAUAAAUUGCCUAUUAUAUGUA